AUGAGUACUGACGACGAGUGCAAGUCGCAGCCGCCGGCGUUCGACCUGGCGCUGCAUGUCAAGUACCUUGUGGGGCUCAAGAACAAAAAGGAGGACUUUGAGUCCUGUAUGACGGAGCACAUGCGCGUGAGUGGACUGUACUGGGGCGUGGGGGCCAUGGCGCUGCUAAACCGUGAGGAAGAGAUGGAUCCAUCUGAGAUCGUGGAGUGGGUGAUGCAAUGCGAGCACCCCGAUGGAGGAUUUUCCGGCAACGUUGGCCAUGAUCGCCACCUUCUCUACACAGUCCACGCACUGCUGAUUCUGGCGAUGCUGGGCGCUUUGGAUCGCAUCGAGCGUGACGAAUGUGCCAAGUACGUGGCGUCGUUGCAACAACCCGACGGCUCCUUCGCCGGUGACGAAUGGAAGGAAAUUGACUCUAAAUUCACGUAUUGCGCACUCUCCGCGCUCAAGAUCCUGGACAAACUGGAGCUCAUCGACGUGGAGAGUGCCAUGGCCUACAUUGAUACAUGCCGCAACUUUGACGGCGGCUUUGGCAACAUCCCAGGUUGCGAGUCGCACGGCGGUCACAUCUUCACGGCUGUGGGUGCUCUGUCUCUGGGCUUCGCUUUGGAGCAGUAUGUGGAUGACGAACUACUAGGCUGGUGGCUGUGUGAGCGCCAGUGUGACUCUGGAGGACUGAAUGGCCGACCCGAGAAGCAGGCCGACGUGUGCUACAGCUGGUGGAACAUCUCGUCUCUCAUUAUGAUCGGCAAACUCGACUGGAUCAGCAAGGAGAAGCUCAUCCAGUUCAUUCUGGCCUGUCAAGACCCCGAGGACGGAGGGAUCGCUGACCGCCCUGGAAAUGUGGCUGAUGUGUUCCACACGUUUUUCGGUAUCGCUGGAUUGUGCAUGCUCGGCUACUUUGACCGUGAAAAGCAGAACCACCCCGAGUAUCAAGGCAUCCGACAGAUUCAUCCGACGUUUGCUAUCCCCACAGAUAUUGUAGAGAAACUGCAGUUGACAGCGGAUAUGGUCAUGCCAGUGCACAAGGACUAAAGUGCGGUCCACUAUAGGGAUGAAUUUGCAACGCAGAUA